UGAUCUGCUGAGAACAUUACGAGCCUUCGGACAAACGGAUCUUCGAUGUGCUGGAGAGAUCAUCCGACAAGUUACUUUUGUUUGCAGGACCGUUCCGUCUUUAUUUUAUUCUUUGCCUCCAGGCUCCAGCCCCAAGCAACGAGCACGCUGCGCAUCUUUCUUUUUCCAUGAAAGCCAAUGUCAAGAAGCUACAAGUUUCUCUGAAGGAAGUUAGCAGAUACUUCAUAUAUAGCGCCACAUACUCCUGUUUUUUACCCCCUCAACUAAGGAUACAUUCUAGCUAGCUGCCAAGUGCCAAGCUGGUGGAGAUCCAUCUGGAAGCGAGUAGACCAGAGAUGGGGUAGAUUUCUGGAGCUUCUUCAGUUUGCUGGUCCUUCCUAUACAGAGAAAUUCAUCAUGGUAGCUCCAGUGGCGAUUAAAGCAACCAACAUUGAGACGGCGGUACACCAAAUAGUUUCUGAACACUUGGAGGAUUCGAGAAAUUCUGCACCCAAUGACAUCUACUUCGACGGAUGGGGUUAUGGACUGGGUGCUUCUGCGGUGCUUAGAGCUAUAGCGGAGCACCCUCCACCAUCUUUAUGGGAGAAAUUUGACAAGAUCAUCCACAUCGAUUGCACGAGGUGGAAGAGCCGAAGGGCACUGCAAAGAGCAAUCGCGGACGAGCUUAAGCUUACUCAGCAGGUAGCUGCUGAUUUUGAUAGGCAAGAUGAGGAGGAUGAUUUCAGCGGAUUAGAUCAAGGUUCGAGAGCUGAGAUCCCGGACGUCGCGAGAUUGAUAGCUCGAUCCCUAGCACAGUACAGAUGUUUAGUCAUCUUUCACAAUGGAAGCGGUGGCAUGGUUGACUUGGCAAGCUGUGGCAUCCCGCCACCUCAACUUUUCAGUGCAAAGGUAUUGUGGUGCUUCAGUGGACGGAUUCGUGCCAACAUACAAUUGUUUCAAGACCAGAACAGUUCACACUGUUCUUUUCUUCAUGCUUAUUCUGAAUUUCUUGGCAAAUCGAAUGCAAUACUAGCGGUAGAGGCUAGAGAAAUGGCAUUGUACACACAUAAGCUUGGCCUUGAUGUCACUCCUGAAAUGUUUACAGAGUGCUUCCUGUAUUACUUAUCAUUGAAUAGCCGAGGUGGCGAAGUCAUUGACUACAACUGGGAAACCCUUGCUUCAUGCUACUGGGUUUGCGAUGGGAUUACAGGAGGAGGCCAAGAUAACAAAGAUAACCAAGCAUGGGAGCUUGCUCUUGCUGUGCAGCAGCAUAUAAGACUAGAGGACUACUCAUCUAAUGCAGUGAAGCACAUUGGUUCUCGUUUGGAUAUUUCCACAAAACAUUGGGUUUGCAUUACCCACUCCUGUUUCGAAGAAGUUCCUCCAGGAACAACGUCCCUAUUCUUUGCACCUAGAACUGGAACUGGAUCUGGAUACGUGCCGUUCCCUAACGAAAGGUUCCAUCAAGCGGACCAACUCCGGGUUUUGAAGUUAUGCCGCUGUACCUUCAACUUUUCAUCUCCUCCUUUCCAUUGCUGUAGCAGCUUAAGAUUCCUUGGACUAGACAACUGUCUGGAUGAACAGCGGCAACUAGAAGAGGAUCAGGAGACAGCAGGUGAACAAGCGGUGGAAACUUUUCAGAGGCUGUGGGUGCUAGAUGUAUGCCACACGGAUUGGGAAUUGGAUUUUCCCCAUGGAACAGAUGAUGAGCAAGUGGCUACUGACAUCAGAGAGGUUCACAUAAACAAGGGGAGGAUCUGGCGUACCAACCUUGCAUGGAGACGACUGCCAAACCUGCGCAAGCUCCGUGUAGUCAAGGCUACAAGGUAUUGGCGGGAGACAGAUAGAAAAGCUCAAGAUGAAAUCAUGGAUAUGGUGAAGAUGGAGCUGCUUGACCUGUCCGGGAACAAGACCAUGCAAGUUUUGCCGAGCCUUUCAGGCGCAACUGGCCUCAAGACACUGGUUCUAGAUGGCUGUGUUGGAUUGGAGCAUGUUGGCCCUCAAGGACUCCCUCCAUCACUUGAAUCAUUCUGCUUCGACGCAGGGGACGACGAGGAUGCUAGAAUAUCCCGCAUCAGCUUGGCUGGGUGUUCAAGAUUAGCAGACUUCAGACUGAGUGGGUCUCUGCCAAAGCUUGAGGAGUUGGACCUCUCUCAAACAGCAGUCAAGAUGCUUGACCUUAGAAAUGUUACAGAUGUGGACCAAAGUCUUCAACGAGUCUGCUUGGUGGGAUGCGAGCACCUCCGCUCAAUUUCUUGGCCCCAAACCAGAAUGCUACAACUAAGACUGCUGCACGUUGACACUCGAUCAUCAGGACAAGAGGUGGCCAGAAAACCAUCAUCCCCAGGUGAUUCUUUGAUGGUCUUCCAACAAGACAGAGGAGAGUUGCAUGCAUUUGUUGCUGUUGCAGACGUGAGGUUCCUUCAAUCCUUGGAGUUUCUCUGGACAAAAACCACUCAACUUAUUAAGAUGGAUCUCUGCUUGUCGUCUACUAGCAUCAGCAACGAUGAUGGAAGAAGCUGGUGCCAUGAGAAGAUGGGCUGCACAUACAGUAGUAGUAGCACCGGACAGUUGUUAUUAGCUGCUGGUUUGCCUCUGCCCUACCAUGACGUUAGCUUGGUACAGGCAGCUACCAAGCUUGAUGGCAGCAGCAGCAGCAGCAGCAGUGCAAUGCAAUUUCAGCCACUAGACUUGCACAUGGAGAUUGGCGAUGGGAUCAGUGACAUGACCAACGUGGCCACGACGACAGAGGGGCAGAGGUCUAUAGCCACGGUGAUGAAGAUGGUGGAGUCGUUGCACGUGCACGACAGUUCUUCCAUCACCACUGUUGUUCCUGAAUACAUUUUUCUUACAAGCCAAUCCUACAUGGGAAAUCUGAAUCGGCUCAAGUGGUGCCGUGUGGAGAGAUGCCCCAAGUUGGACACCGUCUUCGUCAUCUCCGAAGAUGCCCACUGUUUCUAUGAACUGGAAACCUUUUGGGCGGCUCAUCUCUUGAUGGCUCGUUCUAUUUGGACCGGAGGAGGCACAAGGUUCGGUUUGGCUGCCUACAGAUAUGGAUCCUUUAGAAAACUGAGGGUUAUUCAUAUUCACUCCUGCCCUAGGCUCACAUUUGUCCUCCCAUUGUCAUCUAAUAAGCAGUUCUUGUCCAACGUUCUGGAGACCGUCCACGUAUUCUGCUGCGGUGAUCUCAGGCAGAUCUUCCCCGUGGAUCAAGAGUUUCAAGAGCAAAUAGCAGCCUCGCGUGAAACAAAAGGCAUGCUGAGAUUCCGUAAUCUCAAGCACCUGUACCUGCACCACCUCUCCAAUCUGGAGCUGAUAUGCGGGGCCAAGAUGUACGCUCCCAACCUCGAGACCGUCUACAUCAGAGGCUGCUGGGGCCUCAGGCGCCUCCCGGCCAUCGCCGCCGGCCGCCGUGUGGCCGUCGACUGCGAGAAGGACUGGUGGGACAAGCUGGAGUGGGACGGCAUGGAGUCCGGCCACCACCCCUCCCUCUUCCAGCCGCGCCACUCCAAGUACAACAAGAAGCGCCACCUGCGAGGCACGGUCCUCCGGUGAUCGCCACCACUUUGCUGCUGCUGCUGCUGCCUUCUCCCGGCCGAUCAGUCUUGUGUUGGAUCGACGGCACGGCGACGACAGCGGCUGGCACGGUUCCGAGUGUUUGCAAUUGCUUUGCCAAGUAGUCUUCCUCAAGAAUAAAUUGGUUUCUGAUGCUAGCGUACGGCUUGCAUCGACCGAGUUUGCUCUGUGCCUCUGUCUGUGUGCUUGAUACUAUACUGUAUGUGUGAAUUCGUGUCUGUCUCUCUUGGGACUGACGAUGUAUCUCUAUCUGCUUUGGUUUGCCUGGUUAUGUGUGCUUGAAAAUAAGAAGCUGGGUGGAUGCGUCCCCAGAACUGCACGUCUGUACCCAUGGGUGUGUGUGUGUGUGUGUUUUGAUUCUGAAGAACAAUGGACACAACAAUGUUUGUUUGUAAUUGAUGCAGCGGCAUGCUAGUGCUGGCUGCAAAUGGCUUGGUGUGAUUUAUAUGGACUGUAUCAAUGGAUCGUUAUUU